AUGAGCUUCAUCGCAAGGGAGCUGGUGGGCGCGGCAUGGGACAGCAACAAUAACAGCCAGGAUCCUCAUCCUAUAGACGAUGCGCAACUCCAACAAAUAAACUCGCUUACAACGCGCAAUGCGUUAAACAUCGACCCUCUGAGCUCAGUAGCUCGUAAUGGCCUCAUCGCCAUCUCGAUACUCGCAGUGAUCUCCCUAUUAGCAACGUUCGGGCUUCUCAGCUUCAUCACAUACCGCUUCAUCUUCUGGCAAAAAUACUACAAACGCAGCCUUACCACCAAUCAGUACAUUGUCCUCAUUUACAACCUGAUUCUGGCGGAUUUUCUGCAGGCGUUGGGUUUCGUUUUGUGUUUUUGUUGGGUCUCACAAGAUGCUCUCAAGACUGGCUCAGCGGCUUGUGUCCUACAAGCAUUGUUAAUUCAGGCCGGUGAUCCCGGAAGUGGUCUCUUUGUCUUGACUAUCGCUGCUCAUACAUUUCUACUCGUUACUUCGGGAAGAUUAGUGCCUCAUAAGUGGUUCGCUGCUGGCGUCGUGGGAGUAUGGGUGUUCCUGGCCAUCCUGGUCAUUAUUCCAGUUGCUUCUCACGGAACGGGUGUUUUUACCCCUUCAGGAGUAUGGUGCUGGAUCGACUCCGCAUACGAAGACUACCGCCUUUACACUCACUACAUUUGGAUUUUCAUGGCCGAAUUCGGCACCGUCGUUCUCUACGCCGUCAUGUUCUUCCAACUCCGCCGGCAGAUGGCUGCCUCAUCGAUUCUCGCCGGAAGCCAGAUGGAGAGCCUCAAACGUCUUCGUCGCGUCGUCAGCUACAUGGUUAUCUACCCUGUCGCAUACGUCAUCCUGUCACUUCCCCUCGCAGCCGGGCGAAUGAUGAGCGCACAAGGAAAGACGCCUAGUACGGCAUACUUUUGCGUUGCAGGAGCCAUGAUGACAAGCUCCGGGUUUGUGGAUGUGUUGUUGUACACGCUUACUCGUCGCAACUUGAUCAUCUACUCUGAAGUGAGCGCCCACCGCGGGAACUACGACAAUAUGGGCAGUCAAAGCAACUCGAAACGGAAAACGAGUCGCUUGAUGUUGGGUACCAAGGGAAUAUCCACAAUGACUACAACCAUCACCAGUCACAUUGACAAUACUGGCGAAGGAGGUGGAUUUCGUCGAACCCGAGUUGCUCCUGAUCAUGAAACGAUAUACUCCACCGAUUCGCAGGACAACAAUACGUCGACCGACAACAUCGUCCAGAAGGAUGUUGAGCUUGCCGAGUUGGGCAAGGUCUAUCAAAAGACCACGAUUGAAGUUACGAGUGAGCCUGCUCCUUACCAUCCUCAAAAAUCUCGAAAUUCCGGUCAUGCAGAGGAUGGUCGGAGUUGGUGA